AUGUUCAACACGAUAUAUAUAAACGUUGGAAACUUAUUUAUUAUCCGUAGAUGUCGUGAUAGACAAAUCCAAAGCUUUGUUGCUGAGAUACAAGGGCUUCAACUUAAACUCACUGAUGGAAGAGAUGCGGUGUUAUGGAAGCAAGGCAUUGGCGAUUAUGGCACCACAUUUGUCUCCACGGAAACUUGGAAUCAAAUCAGCCAGCAGACGGAGAAAGUUUUAUGGAGUAAAAUUGUGUGGUUUCCUCAAGGUGUUCCACGGUUUGGGUUUAUCAUUUGGCUUGCAAUCAGAGAUAGACUCUCCACUGGUCAUCGCUCUAGUGUUUGGGGCCAGCCGCAACAUUGCCUCUACUGUGGUGAGCCUGAUGAGACUAGGGAUCACCUAUUUUUUGCCUGCCCUUACACGUUCACGCUCUGGCUGAAGAUGGUAGGAAACUUGCUCGGGACUGAUCCAGACCCUGACUGGAAUACCACGCUGUCUACGAUUAUGACAAGACCCUACGAUCGCCUCACAUUCAUUCUUCUGAGACUGGUCCUGCAAGCCACUAUCUACUACCUCUGGCGAGAACCUAAUGAGAGGAAACAUCACACUAGUAGUAAGACAGUCGACCAGCUUGCCAAGAUGAUCAACAAGACUGUUCGGAAUCGCAUUACUUCUACUAAUUACUCCACCAACCCGAGGUUAGAUGGUUUGAUGCAAUGA